AUGGCCUCAUCAUCGACACUCAAACCUCCGCAAGCGGCACCGGUGCCCGCAAGCGCUGCGACGCAUCUGGAGCUGCUGCCGGACAUCCCGCGUGCGAGCUCGAUCAUCGUGAUCGGCAUGGCGGGCUCGGGCAAGUCGACGUUUACCGCAAGCCUGCACGAUCACCUGCACGAAAGGGCGCAGGAGCAACAGGAUGCCAUGGACCAAGAGCCUACAGCUUCUUCGUCGUCUGCACGCACUACUGCGCCGUACAUGGUGAACCUCGAUCCGGCGGUGGGCACGCUCGGAUACGAGCCCAAUGUGGACAUCCGCGAUACGGUCGACUAUGCGCGUGUCAUGGAGCAGUACAAUCUCGGUCCCAACGGUGGUAUCCUCACUGCGCUCAACCUCUUUACCACCAAGUUCGAUCAGGUGCUUGGGAUUCUGGAGAAGCGAGCCAAGGAGGUUGAUCAUAUCGUGCUGGAUACACCUGGUCAGAUCGAGAUCUUUACGUGGUCCGCAUCGGGUUCGAUCGUCACAGAUGCGCUGGCUAGCUCCAUGCCAACCGUAGUGGCGUACAUCAUCGACACGCCAAGGACGACGGCGCCGGCGACGUUCAUGAGCAACAUGCUCUACGCUUGCAGCAUCCUGUACAAGACCAAGCUGCCGUUCGUGCUGGUGUUCAACAAGACGGAUGUGCAGGACCACCAGUUUGCGCUCGAGUGGAUGCAGGAUUUCGAAAAGUUCCAGGAGGCCCUGGCAGCGGGCAACGCCACGGAUCCUUCGGCUACUGUCACGCAGCAUGGACUUCGAGCACCAGCAAGAGACAUGGAUACCGAGGGAAGCCAGGGCUACAUGAACAGUCUCAUGAACAGCAUGAGUCUUGUCCUCGACGAGUUCUACAAGAAUCUCAGGGCCGUGGGAGUUUCCUCCGUGACAGGCGAAGGGAUGGACGACUUUUUGAACGCCGUGCACGAGGCACGUCAGGAAUAUCUGGACGACUAUCGACCGCAACUCGAACGGCUCGCCAAGGAGCGCGACGCCAAGCGCGAGUCGAGCAAGAAGGAGCAGCUGGCGCGCCUCAUGAAGGACAUGAAGGUAGGCGGCAAGGGUGCGGCCAAAACGGCGAAAUCAGCGACGCGAUCCACCGAAGAUCUGUCGCAGCCCAUCGACGAGACGUACGAAGGAGACGGCCAGAUCAUCGAACCGGAUUCGGACGAGGAGAAGCCACACUACGAGUACCCUGGGCCAGACUACGACCGGGGUGACGGCACGGUUUGGCCUCGUCCUGGUUAG